AUGGGGAGAGCCACAAGGUGGUUGAAGAACUUGUUUGGUACAAAAAGAGACAGAGAACACAAACAAAAUUCAAACUCUGGAGACCCCAAAUGGCUUCCUCCUCCUCCUUCUUCUUCUGCUCCUCAUUCUGAGAGUAAUUCCAAAGUUUUAUGUCACAAUCCAACAACUAUUCCACCUAACAUUUCUCCAGCAGAAGCUUCUUGGUUACAAUCUUUCCACACAGAAACAGAGAAGGAACAGAACAAGCAUGCUAUUGCUGUUGCCGCCGCCACCGCAGCAGCGGCUGAUGCCGCCGUGGCUGCUGCACAUGCUGCGGUGGCUGUGGUUAGGCUCACCAGCCGUGGCAGAAGCACCACCAUGUUUGGUGGUGGACAUGAGAUGUGUGCUGCUACUAUCAAGAUUCAAACAGUAUUUAGAGGAUACCUUGCAAGAAAGGCACUGAGAGCCUUAAAAGGAUUGGUUAAGUUACAGGCACUUGUCAGAGGGUAUUUAGUGAGGAAGCAAGCAACAGCAACACUGCAUAGUAUGCAGGCUCUUAUUAGAGCUCAAGCUACAGUUCGGUCUCAGAAAUCUCGCAGGUUCAUGAGCACAAAGAAUGAACCUUACAGAUUCCAAAACCAAGCAAGAAGAUCCAUGGAGAGAUUUGAUGACACUAGGAGUGAGUACACAGCUCCAAUACACAGUAGAAGGCUCUCAUCUUCUUUUGAUGGCACAAUUAACUACAACAACAAUGGUGUUUAUGAAAGCCCCAAAAUAGUGGAAGUGGACACUGGAAGGCCUAAGUCAAGGUCUCGCAGGACCAACACCUCAAUAUCAGAUUUUGGUGAUGACCCAUCAUUUCAGACACUUUCUUCUGCUCUUCCAAUUCCAUGUAGGAACCCAUCUCGUUUAUCCACACCAGACCAAAGGAAUUUGCAUGAGUUUGAUUGGGGGUUAACAGGUGAAGAAUGCAGAUUCUCUACAGCACAAAGCACUCCACGUUGUAGUUGUGGGUCAGUUGCACCUAUGACACCAAAGAGUGUAUGCACUGAAAAUAUAUUCCUCAGGCAAUAUGGGAAUUUUCCAAAUUACAUGGCUAGCACUCAGUCUUUCAAGGCUAAAUUGAGGUCUCAUAGUGCUCCAAAGCAACGGCCAGAACCAGGUCCAAAGAGGAGGCUUUCCCUCAAUGAAAUGUUGGAGUCUAGGAAUAGUUUGAGUGGGGUUAGAAUGCAAAGGUCUUGCUCACAGGUUCAAGAAGCCAUUAGUUUCAAGAAUGCUGUGAUGGGUAAGCUUCACAAGUCCACAGAAUCUGCUAGGGAGACAGAUAGAAAGUGCUUCCACCAGAGAGGGUGGUGA